AUGCCUCCUCUACUCCGUGCUCAAUCUCAACUCUACCCCAGCCUCGACUCACGAUUUUGGAAAGGGGGGGAGGGAUCGAAGAAAAAGUCAACCGGUGCAAGUGGGCCAAUUGCCAAGGGCCAGGCCGCAUCCGUCUCGGCCACGAUUAGCGAGGGGACCCGCUUUCCGCUCCGUGCUCGGCGCUCCUCCGCUCCAUUUGACUCAACCCACCACGGAAAUUCAUCUACGCCGGAAAGCUCAAAAAGCAAACGACGGGAGCCAAUUCCAACUCCCGCAGAACCCGUCCAUGGGCAACACACACACACAAUGCCGCCGUUCAAUUUAGAAACCUGCGCGCGACCCAACAUCCUGGCGCUGCAGCCGUACCGCUGUGCACGAGAUGACUACAAGGACGACGGCACCAACGUGCUCCUCGACGCAAACGAGAACGCCUACGGACCGUCCCUCGACCCAGCGGCCGUCGAGCACGCCAGCUCGUCCCUCGGCGGCCUCGAUCCGCUCGGCCUGCACCGGUACCCCGACCCUCACCAGCCCGAGCUGAAGCGGCUGCUCUGCAGGCUGCGCAACACGCACGCCCACACCCCCAAGGCCAUCGGGCCCGAGAACCUGUUCGUCGGCGUCGGCAGCGACGAGGCCAUCGACGCCCUGCUGCGGUGCUUCUGCGUUCCCGGCAGGGACCGCAUCCUGACGUGCCCCCCGACGUACGGCAUGUACGCCGUGUCCGCCCAGGUCAACGACGUCGGCCUCGUCAGGGUCCCCCUCACGGCCGGCCCCGAGUUCGCCCUCGACGUCCCCGCCGUGACCGCCGCCCUGUCCAGCGAGCCCGACGUCAAGCUGGCCUACUUUUGCUCCCCCGGCAACCCUACCGGCUCCCUCCUCGCCAAGGAGCACGUCGUGCAGGUCCUCAACCACCCGACGUGGAACGGCGUCGUGGUCCUCGACGAGGCGUACAUCGACUUUGCGCCCCGGGACUCAUCCCUCGCCGAGCUCGUCGCCGAGUAUCCCAACCUUGUCGUGAUGCAGACCCUGUCCAAGGCCUUUGGCAUGGCCGGCAUCCGCCUCGGUGCCGCCUUUGCUUCGCCGCCCAUUGCCCGCAUGCUGAACAGCAUGAAGGCCCCGUACAACAUCGCCAGCCCCACGAGCGCUCUUGCGCAAUCCGCGUUGGGGGACAAGGGCCUGGCCGUCAUGAGGGCAAACCGAGCCAAGAUUGUAGCCCAGCGGGAGCGGCUGAUUCAGGAACUGCCCAGGAUUGAGGGCGUGGGCAGGCAAAGAGGUGGAACCGCGAGCAACUUUUUGCUUUAUGAGAUUUUGAAUCCUCAAGGGAAACCGGACAACUCCACUGCCGUUGCAGUGUACGAGAAAUUAGCCGAGCACAAGGGUGUGGUCGUUAGAUUUAGAGGCAAAGAGCACGGUUGUUUGGGAUGCCUGCGCAUCACUGUUGGUACCGAGGACGAGGUGACCAAAUUUCUAGACUCAUUACGCAACGCCUUGGUCGAGGUGAGAAGCGUAUCUGGUAAAUAG